GUUGUACAAUGGAGGUGCAGAAUAGAUUGAUAGUCCUUGAUGAGCUGUAGUUUCAGACCAUUCUUCUCCGACCCUUCUCACCUCAAUGCUGUAAUUAUCUUUCUCACUUGUAUUCUUGCCCUGUCCCCACCGAUACAAUCCUCUCUCUCUUUCUUGGUGCACAACGACGACAACAGCAACAACAACAAAGAAAGAAAAGAAACAUAGGGGAGAGGGGUAGACACAGGCUUUGAGGGUUUGGCUUUGUUCUACGUCUCUCUUAAUACCCACCUGAAUUCUCUCCGACCCUUCCCCCGGCUUUGUCUCCUCUCUCCCUCUCUCUCUCGAUCCCUCUAUCAUCCAUUGAAGCUCCAUUGGAGCUUCUUCAAUGUAAUUCUUUAAGGGGCAGAUAAUUUCUUCCACAAGCUCGAACAUUUUAAGGCUUUACCCACAGACCCGCGUAGCCUAAGCUCUCAGGUAGGAAAAUAAUCAUUGAUUUUGCCUCCUGUGACGAAUUUAAGAUUCCAGAUUUUCAGGCGUAUUGGAUAAGGGUGGCGUUGCAUUUUAGUAUAUUGUGAAUCAUUAAUUAUACGAGAUAUGUUUAAAAUUUCAUUAUUUUUUGGAGUUGUUGGUCUUUGAGGUGAAAGGGUCUUGCUUUCUGGAUUUGUUUGUAUUUUCCUUAUGUGAUUUUAGGACUUGGGUAACUGAGGUUAAUGGUAUAUGUUUCGUGGCCUGUUCGCCGAUAGCAAGAUUUUUUUAUUUGAGGUUGAGCAGUAUUGGUACCUAGGUCGGUGUAAAUUGAUUGGGAUAUGAGUCGUAGGGUGCGGCGGAAGGUGGCAAGGAAGGGGAAGGUUGUUUCACCAAUUUAUGCUGAAACGGAAGAUGAGAUUUUGGGUUUGAAGCAAUACGACUAUGUGGAUUGGACAGGCCUGCCUGAUGACACAGUGCUUCAGCUGUUUUCGUGUCUGAAUUAUCGUGACCGGGCAAGCUUAUCAUCAACCUGUCGGACAUGGAGGGUUCUAGGAAUUUCCCCUUGUUUGUGGAACUCUCUGGAUCUUCGUGCACACAAAUGCGAUGCUUCCAUGGCAUCUUCACUUGCUCCCAGAUGUGUGAAUCUUCAGAAACUUAGGUUUCGUGGUGCAGAAUCUGCUGAUGCAGUAAUUCAUCUUCAAGCUAGGAAUUUGCGUGAAAUAAGUGGUGACUAUUGCAGGAAAAUAACAGAUGCGACUCUCUCUGUGAUUGUGGCUCGACACGAGGCACUUGAAAGCCUCCAACUUGGGCCAGAUUUCUGCGAGAGGAUCAGUAGUGAUGCUAUAAAAGCAAUAGCGUUUUGUUGUCCUAAAUUGAAAAAGCUUCGCCUCUCAGGAAUUCGGGAUGUUCAUGGUGAUGCAAUUACUGCCUUAGCCAAGAAUUGUCCAAAUUUGACUGAUAUUGGGUUUAUAGACUGUCUCAAUGUAGAUGAGAUGGCUUUGGGAAAUGUAGUAUCAGUUCGUUUUCUCUCAGUUUCUGGGACGUCAAAUAUGAAGUGGGGUGUGGUUUCUGAUCUUUGGCAUAAGCUGCCUAACUUGGCUGGGUUAGAUGUUUCAAGAACUGAUAUUGGACCAAAUGCUGUUUCAAGAUUGUUAUCCUCGUCACAGAGCUUGAAGGUUUUGUGUGCCUUGAAUUGUCCUGUUCUUGAAGAACAUACUAGUUUUCACAUCAAUAAAAAUAAAGGUAAAUUGCUACUUGUCCUUUUUAAUGAUAUUUUCAAAGGAAUAGGUUUGCUAUUUGUCGAUACUACAAACAAAGGGAGAAAUGUGUUUUUGGAUUGGAGGAAUUUAAAGAAUAAGGACAAAAACUUGGAUGAAAUCAUGAUUUGGGUUGAGUGGAUCCUAUCCCAUACACUUUUGCGCAUUGCCGAAAGCAAUCAACAAGGUUUGGAUGAGUUUUGGCUCAAGCAGGGUGCCGCGCUGCUUCUCAGUUUAAUGCAGAGCUCACAAGAGGAUGUUCAAGAAAGGGCAGCCACAGGACUUGCAACGUUUGUGGUUAUUGAUGAUGAAAAUGCUAACAUAGAUCGUGGACGAGCUGAAGCAGUUAUGCGAGAAGGUGGCAUACGACUCCUUCUGGACCUAGCUAAAUCUUGGCGGGAAGGGCUCCAGUCAGAGGCUGCAAAGGCUAUAGCAAACUUGUCUGUAAAUACCAAUGUUGCAAAAUCUGUUGCUGAAGAAGGAGGAAUCAAUAUUCUUGCUGGUUUGGCAAGGUCCAUGAAUAGGCUGGUUGCCGAAGAAGCUGCUGGAGGACUAUGGAAUCUUUCAGUUGGAGAAGAGCACAAGGGUGCCAUUGCUGAGGCUGGAGGAGUAAAGGCUUUAGUUGAUCUUAUAUUCAAAUGGUCCACAGGUGGUGACGGAGUCCUGGAACGUGCAGCUGGUGCAUUAGCAAAUUUGGCAGCUGAUGACAAGUGUAGCACGGAGGUUGCAGUGGCAGGUGGUGUACAUGCUUUGGUGAUGCUUGCUCGUAAUUGCAAAUUUGAGGGUGUACAAGAGCAGGCUGCUCGUGCCUUGGCUAAUUUGGCUGCACAUGGAGAUAGCAACAGUAACAAUGCUGCCAUUGGGCAGGAGGCAGGUGCUCUUGAAGCACUUGUUCAACUCACACGUUCUGCUCAUGAAGGUGUCAGGCAAGAAGCUGCUGGUGCAUUGUGGAAUUUAUCAUUUGAUGACAGAAAUCGAGAAGUGAUUGCAGCAGCUGGUGGAGUUGAGGCCUUGGUUGCUCUUGCACAAUCGUGUUCCAAUGCCUCCCCUGGUCUUCAAGAGAGGGCUGCUGGUGCUCUAUGGGGAUUGUCAGUGUCAGAAGCCAAUAGUAUUGCCAUUGGACGUGAAGGAGGUGUGGCCCCUCUAAUUGCAUUGGCACGCUCUGAAGCUGAGGAUGUCCAUGAAACAGCUGCAGGAGCUCUUUGGAACCUUGCUUUUAAUCCUGGUAAUGCUCUCCGUAUAGUGGAGGAAGGGGGAGUUCCGGCCUUAGUUCAUCUCUGUUCUUCAUCAGUAUCAAAAAUGGCACGCUUCAUGGCUGCAUUGGCAUUGGCAUACAUGUUUGAUGGGAGAAUGGAUGAAUUCGCGCUAUUAGGGACUUCCUCAGAAAGCAGUUCAAAGAGCGUGAAUCUAGAUGGGGCUAGAAGGAUGGCUUUGAAACACAUUGAAGCCUUUGUCCUCACCUUUUCUGAUCCACAAGCAUUUGCUGCUGCUGCCGCAUCAUCAGCCCCUGCUGCACUGUCUCAAGUAACAGAAGGAGCUCGUAUUCAAGAAGCAGGGCAUCUGAGAUGCAGUGGAGCUGAAAUUGGGCGAUUUGUUGCAAUGCUACGAAAUUCAUCAGCUAUACUCAAGGCAUGUGCUGCAUUUGCUCUUCUCCAGUUCUCAUAUUUUAAUUGCAGUUUACCAUCCCUGGUGGCCGUCAUGCCGUGCACCAUGCAAGCCUCAUGCAGAAUGCAGGAGCAGCACGAGUUCUUCGUGCUGCGGCUGCAGCAGCAACUGCCCCACUUGAAGCCAAAAUAUUUGCCAGAAUUGUACUUCGCAACCUUGAACACCACCACAUGGAACCAUCACUCUAAAGGCUUUUUCAGCUGUCAUAAUCUGUCUGCUGCCAAUUUCAUACCGAGUUAUGGAAGGUUCCAUUCAUAGACAACAGUAUAAUGCAACAUUAGAGCACAUUCUGCUGUCUUUAAGCUCCCUCUAAACAACCAAUUGUCGCGUAGAACUGUGUAUUUUUUUUUCUUUCCUUUUCCCCUUCUCCCCCAGUCCUAGGAAUUUAAAAGCUGGUUUCAAUGAUUUUUCCCCUUUUUUGUAACAAAUCUUUACAUGUUAAAGGUACUUUAGGUGGGGGAUUGAUCUAAGAACCAUUACCUUGUCAUUUUCUUUCCGGUGUCUGUAUUCGUUGUGACAACAAUAUAGUCAUAUUACAUAAAUGCUGUUUUUGGACUUGUAAA